AGCCCAUGUAGUGAUCCAUAUUUACAAUUGAAAGCCCAAACAUUUAGUAGCAAUGGCGGUGACUAUAUAUAAAACACAGCCCUAAUCAAAAACCCUAAUUCUUUCUCAUACGCCGAUUCAGAAUAACUCCAAGGUAAUGGCUCCAAAGCAGCCGAAUACAGGGCUUUUUGUCGGAUUGAACAAGGGUCAUGUUGUCACCAAGAAGGAGUUGGCUCCUCGCCCAUCCGACAGGAAAGGGAAAACAAGCAAAAGGGUUCAUUUUGUGAGGAGUUUGAUCCGAGAGGUAGCUGGAUUUGCACCAUACGAGAAGAGAAUCACCGAGUUGUUGAAAGUUGGAAAGGACAAGCGUGCGCUUAAGGUGGCAAAGAGAAAGUUGGGUACCCACAAGAGGGCUAAGAAGAAGAGAGAGGAGAUGUCAAGCGUCCUCCGCAAGAUGAGGGCUGGUGGAGGUGCAGAAAAGAAGAAGUGAGAUUUUUAGAGUGUUGUUCAGGAAAACACUGUCUAGGCGACGUUGAUUUUGAAGCAGGUUUUUCGGUUUACUUUAUGGCGAAUUGGUGUUUGGUUACCUUUGUUUUUGAAAAGAAUUUGUGUUAUGUGAAUUUUGCUUAAAGAGAAGAUCUGAUUAAUUUUUUAGAGUUUGAUAAAGAUUUUGUUUUUGUCU